AGAGCCUCCUCCAUGCCACACCAGGACUGAAUAUCCCGUCUCUUCUGCUCUGCUCUCCUCGUCUCAUUCCAACUAGUCCGAAUUUUCUUCCAAUUCACGUUCAUUCAUUCCACACUCUCUUUACCCGCUGUGCUAGACACAAGCCAUUCUUUUUCAUACAAGCUCAUUUUUGCAAGUCCACUCUCUCGUGUGUUGUGUCAACGACCUUUUUUCUUCGAAACAGAAAAAAUCAACCCCAAAAGGUAUAUAUCCGCCAAAAUGCAGUCCAAGAUCAUCACCGUCCUCUCCCUCGUCGCCGCCGUCUCGGCCCACGGCAAGGUCACCUCGCCCACCCCUCGCCCCGCCGGCGACGCCUUCAAGGAGGCCUGCGGCAACACCCUCUGGAACACGGAGCAGUCGGACCCGUACGGCAACAUCCAGGGCCUCGCCCAGCAGGCCGGCAGCAGCCUUGUCGCCUCCCAGUGCCAGCUCGAGCUCUGCAAGGGCUACAAGUUCGCCGACAACGCCGCCAACGUCCAGAGCUACACGCCCGGCCAGACGGUCGACUUCGAGGUCGAGAUCCGCGCCCCGCACACGGGCGUCGCCAACGUCUCUGUCGUCGACACCACCAGCAACUCCAUCAUCGGCGCCCCGCUCAUCUCCUUUGAGAACUACGCCAGCACCAAGACCGGCGUCGCCGCCAACAACACGGCCUUCAGCGUCACCCUCCCCGACUCCCUGCCCGCCGAGUGCGCCACCGCCGGUAACUGCGUCCUGCAGUGGUGGUGGGACUCCGCCGAGGCCGGCCAGACUUACAUGUCCUGCGUCGACUUCACCUCCGGCUCUGGUUCCGGCUCCGGCUCCGCCCCUGCCACCCCGUCCGCCGCUCCCACCACCCUCCUGACCUCCGCCGUCCCCUCGGCCACCCCCGUCACCCCGGCCCCCGCUGCCUCUGACGAGGCCGCCGCCCCCGUCGCCACCCCCUCUGCCGCCCCCUCUGAGCCUGCCUCCUCCUGCACCAAGCGUCGCGCCGCGAAGCGGGCCCUUCGCAAGCGCAUGUAAACAGGACGUUUAGAGUUUCUGCAGCAGUGUUGAAGGGGAAAAGAGGGAGGAGAGAUGGUCGGACUCGUAUCUGAUAACCCCCCCGGUUCAGAGGUUUCUUUGUCUUUGUUUGAGACGAGACGACGACGCCUCGGAAACGGACCAAAAAGGUUUCAUCCCGGACUUUCAUCCUGGACGCCGGCGUUGCGCCACACCACACACCACACACCCAAGACAAACCUUGUGGGAUUUGCACGUUCUUGUAUAAAGUUCACACAAUUCAAAUGUUCAUUUACUUCUUGACCAACCACG